AGUUUCCAUCAUUCGUUUAAGCUAUGAGGUUUUACUUUAGCAGUCUACUAGCCGUAAUCUUUGGCGUCAUUUGUUCAGAAAGUGCUGACAUAAACGACCCUCAUUAUGAGGCCGAUAGACGUUUUAUACUUGACAUCUUUCAUAAUCCCUCUGUAAAUAACUCCACCAGGGAAAGAAACAUUCCGGAACUGAUUGCUUUUUAUCGUCGCUACCCCAAUGAUGUUCAUCUAUCCGAUGUCGACAAACAGCAAUUUGAGAGGUUCAUCUUUGAAUACAACGAAUCGAGAAAUGUUUUGAUUGAUGGAGUACCGCCACAGGGAGGAAUAAUUGGAUCUAUAUUUGGAAAUUUUUUAGGCAGACUCGGAUAUAAAUAUUUUGAGUGUCUGUUUAAUAAAAAAAGAGAUGAGAUAAAAGUGGCACCAGUUUAACUGAACUUCAAUUUAAACAACGAAUGAUAUUCAUCAAAAUCUUAAUAAAUCGUUUUCUAAAACUCUUUGUAGAUUAA